AUGGCGGCCCUCGUUGUAAACAAGGCCGUACCCGGCUUCGAGAACAGCAAGCUCGGCGCCCGGGGCCCCGUCGCUGUUAAGGUUUUAGAAUGUGGAGUUUGCGAAGAUGUGUUUUCUUUGCAAGGAGACAAAGUUCCACGUCUACUUUUGUGUGGCCACACUGUUUGUCAUGACUGCCUUACACGCCUCCCCCUCCAUGGAAGAGCAAUUCGAUGCCCAUUUGAUCGCCAAGUAACUGAUCUAGGAGAUUCAGGUGUUUGGGGAUUAAAAAAGAAUUUUGCAUUGUUGGAGCUUUUGGAACGACUUCAGAAUGGCCCUAUUGGUCAAUAUGGAACAACAGAAGAAGCAGUUGGAUUAGCUGGAGAGAGCAUUGUACGCUGUGAUGAAGAUGAAACACAUGUUGCAUCAAUGUAUUGCACAGUUUGUGGUACUCACUUGUGUGCCGAGUGUUCCCAGCAUACCCAUUCUACUAAGACCCUUGCAAAGCACAGGCGUGUACCUCUGGCAGAUAAGCCUCAUGAGAAGACCAUGUGCUCCCAGCACCAGGUGCAUGCUAUAGAGUUUGUUUGCUUAGAAGAAGCUUGUCAGUCUAGCCCUCUUAUGUGCUGUGUCUGUAAGGAAUAUGGAAAACACCAAGGUCAUAAGCAUUCAGUAUUGGAGCCAGAAGCAGACCAAAUUAGGGCAUCGAUUUUAGACAUGGCUCACUGCAUUCGAACUUUUACUGAAGAAAUCUCAGAUUAUUCCAGAAAAUUAGUUGCAAUUGUUCAACACAUAGAAGGAGGAGAGCAAAUUGUGGAAGAUGGAAUUGGAAUGGCCCACACAGAACAUGUACCUGGUACUGCAGAGAGUGCACGAUCCUGUGUUCGAGCCUAUUUUUCUGAUUUACACGAAACUCUGUGUCGUCAAGAAGAAAUGGCACUGAGUGUUGUUGAUGCACAUGUUCGAGAGAAACUGAUUUGGCUGAGACAGCAGCAAGAGGACAUGACCAUCUUGUUGUCGCAGGUUUCAACAGCCUGUCUCCACUGUGAAAAGACUUUGCAACAGGAUGACUGCAGAGUGGUCUUGGCAAAACAAGAAAUUACCAGAUUACUUGAAACUUUACAAAAACAGCAGCAACAAUUUUCUGAAGUUGCAGACCACAUCCAACUGGAUGCUAGUAUUCCUGUCACUUUUACCAAGGAUAACAGAGUCCACAUUGGGCCUAAAAUGGAAAUUCGAGUUGUUACUCUAGGAUUAGACGGUGCUGGAAAAACUACCAUUUUAUUUAAGUUAAAACAAGAUGAAUUCAUGCAGCCCAUUCCAACAAUUGGUUUUAAUGUGGAAACUGUAGAAUAUAAAAACCUAAAAUUUACUAUUUGGGAUGUAGGAGGUAAACACAAGCUAAGACCAUUAUGGAAGCAUUAUUAUCUCAAUACACAAGCUGUUGUAUUUGUUAUUGAUAGCAGUCACAGGGACAGAAUAAACGAAGCACACAGUGAACUUGCAAAGUUGUUGACUGAAAAAGAACUGAGAGAUGCUUUGCUCCUGAUAUUUGCGAAUAAACAGGAUGUUGCAGGAGCACUUUCGGUAGAAGAAAUAACAGAACUUCUUAGUCUCCAUAAACUCUGCUGUGGUCGUAGCUGGUAUAUUCAGGGCUGUGAUGCACGAAGCGGGAUGGGACUCUAUGAAGGACUGGACUGGCUUUCAAGGCAACUUGUGGCUGCAGGUGUACUGGAUGUAGCUUAAAUUCACAUCAGUUUAGUUUGUGAUUAACUGUUAUUUUGCACAUGUCA